CGACGCUCCGCUUCGCCGCGUCGCCGCUCCGUCUACACUGCAACAAGAUCGCGUCCGCCAUGGUGACACAUGUUGACCGCCGGCAACCGCGAUCGCAGCAACCGAUGGCCGCGGCAGUGCCCAGUUCGCGGCGCGACACCCGAACGCGCCGGGGCCACCUUUCGCUACCGUUAGCGGACCGUUCGGGAUGUGAUCGUUGUUAAUUGUUGAUGUUUGCCAGAUCUAAAGUUUAUCGAUCGUUAGCUAAGUUAGUGGAGUCGCCGACAAGUUAACGUGCCGGUUUAUCCUUAUAGUUUUUUGUGUAUAAAACGUCGCUCGUCGUCUAGCGGUUGUUACAAAGCAGCAUUCUAAAAUAAAAAUUUAGUGAACUCAGCUUUAAAAGUUACAAAUACCUUGUAAAUACAUAACGAAGUAGUGGGUCCAAUUUGAAAAUUUUUCCACCUAUAUAUCCUUCCAAAUCUAAGUACUUACGCAUAUAUAAAUGAACGAAACGAACAUUCUUGCUAAAAGUGGAACUACAACGUUGUCCAAAUGCGGAAACACCGCAAUCUAGCGACUGCGGAAAGUUCCGAUUGAAGUGAUUUUUUGUGAAAAGUGACAAUGUUGUCCAAAUGUCGAGACAACGCAGUUUAGUGACUAUGGAAAGUUUGGAGGAGGUAGCAGCCAGGGAGGAAGCGGAGCGACAGCAAGGUUUGAGGGACUUGGAGCAGUUGUACGAAUGGUUGCAGCAGUUUGAGGAUCCUCCACCGGCUCCAAGGCCUCCGCCACCAUAUCAAUUCAGAAACGGUAUGUCACGAAUAAUAGUUCGAUUUAUCAAUUAG